UCUAACAAGAAAGAGACUAUCAAAACAAACCAUGGCCGACUAAGGAAAGUAGAGGAAGCUACGAAAGUGCAAGCAUGCUUAGAAAGUGACCAAUAAUGGCAAACUACUUUGAGAUAGUUGGAAGUAUCGUAAUUUUGUGUAUAUGUUUAUGUUUUUCCCAGCUUGUUGUAAACGUCAAAAAUAAAGGUGAUGAGGUUAUCGUGGAAAGUAUCCAGGCGAAUACAACCUCUGACACAGUGACGCUCGAAUAUCAAAACACUGAUGGGACAUUAAUUACUCUUUUCAUCGACUUCAAAUCUGAGGUCCAAAUUUUCCGUAUUAUCAUGCCAGGAGAAGAAGAACUUGGAGAGACACAGGCUCAGGCUAUUUGUUUUCUUGCACGAUUCAGCCACAGUGAUUUCAUUUCAUCAGAUGCUAUGUCAAAACUUCGACAGAAAAACCCCACAGCUAUACGGACACCAGAGGAAGAAAAGAGCCCAACUGUCUACACUCACGACCUUCUUGCUGAUCUUUCUAAAAGUCAUGUGAUCAGUCCUUACAUCUACAACAUCUGCAACGAUGCCAUAGAUGCUAUCUACUUUACAGAGGCAGAUUUGCGGACUAUUUCUCGCUCACUUUCAAAAGACUAUGCAACAAUGAUGUCAGCUAUGCAAAAACAGGUUCCUUCCAGACGGCGCUGCAUGGACACCCAGGACAUAGAGACUCCGUGUUUGUGUCGCUUUGACAUGUGCAUUGGAUGGUAUCCAUGUGGCUUGAAGUAUUGCCGAGGAAAGGAUACAGUAGGAAAGGUUGUCAGCUACAGAUGUGGGAUCAAAACCUGCAAGCGAUGCUUGACAUUUUAUCAUGUUGUUGUUCAGAAACGAAGAUGUUUAUGGGAUAGUUAAAUCAUGUCCCUAAUUGUUCUUGAACUUGGUGUAGCCAGGCUAUGUUUUUAUUUGUCUCAAGGACUCAUGUCUUCAGGACUAGCUUCCAUGACAUCUUUUGUAGAGAGUGUUUUCCAUGGCCGCUGCUUUCAUGAAGAUAAUGAAACAGCCCAACACCAAAAUAGCUAAUUUUUGAGAUGUUUAACAUUGCUGGAAGAUUACUGGUUAGUCAUUUUUAUAAAACUUUUCUGAUGCAUUUAUUGUUAUGCAUUGGAUUAUUUUGGCAUCUUAAUAGGGUCAACAGUUUUUGUAAUACUACAGUCUUUCGACAAUCUUACCUGCUGGUGCUGGAUGGUCCAUGCCAUCUGCACAUGUGUUACCUCCCUUUGCUUGAGUAAAUAAAUACUCGUUUUUAGGAUUUGAUAAUGGCAGUACUACCCGUUUAAAAAUUAUUUUUUUGAGUGUCUAUAAACUUUUGAAAAAGAAGUCUGGACAAACUGUGAGAGUGGACAUUUGUGACAUUUUGACAAUGGUCAGCAGAAAAAAAAAGAAAAAAAUACGUUUGAUGUAGUUGGUUUAGUCUAAAACAAAAAUUUCUUUCUUGCUAAAACUUUCAUUAAAUUCUUUGCAGGUGUUUCUAACCUCUAGCUGAUGUGGACUUUGUGUCAACAACUUUCUAGUAAGAUAGUUAUGUGACCCUCCAUGAUGAAAUGAAUCUUAAGUCGGAAAUUUGAGGUUUGCCAAAUCACAUAUUUUUAAAAAAUAUAGGUUCUGAACCUUUUUUUUGAUACAAAAGUUGUUUUUCUAGUUGUAACAUUGAGUGAGCUAUAAACGUUUGAAGUGUGAAAGUAUGGUGGCAGCCAUUUUGAGAAAAGCGGGUUCAAAGACUAGCGUCAAGAUGGUCGACCAGGUUUGUUUACUCCUAAACUUUUGCAGACAAAUCUUUGGAUUGGUUAAUAUUUGAAUCGUUCUUUAAAGAAGUUGAACAUGCAGACUGCGGGCUUUCUGGUGAGGUAUAACACGUUGGGGUUAUGACUGAGAUACAGUAUCGAAACAGCGUUUGAAUUUCGUCUGAAAUCGGUAUGGAUCACAAUAGGGUACCUUGAUUAAAAAGUAUUUAAAAUCGAUUUCUUACUUUUAUAUUAACAUAACAGUGUAUUUUCCGGAUAGUUUAAUAACCAGGGAAUCCAUUUUUAAAGAAAAGUCAAACAGCACAAAAUUGACCCUUAUAUCCUUUCGGGGCCUGUAGCACAGAACUGUUCCGCACGACUUAAGACUCAUUUCCUCAUGGAGGGUCACAUAUAUAUUGUUUUGGUCAGGUGGUCAUAGUGAGAGUUCACUAUAUGAAAAUCUAGACUGUGCAGCUUAGUUUAUUCACUAAUGACAAACUAUUUUUGGGUUCCUCUACCCUCUUGCAGGAGGAAAUGUGUUACUAAUUCAUUUUUAUUUUGAAUGUUUUCACACAAUAGAAUAUUGGCAGAAAUGGUCCCUUUGUAUAUGUGCAUUGGUAUAUGCAAGCAGUUCAUUGUUUACUUGUAAGGAUAUGUAGAACACAUUGGAAAUCUGAGUUCAUAGGAGACAUUAAGUUACAGAUGUUGAUUUUGUUCUCUCAGUAGUUAAGAUAUUUGAGAUGCAGAUUUUCUUGGUGUGAAUGUUGGCACACACAGAUGUGAGAGAAUGAAAAAACAGAAAAUUUGAGAAAACGUAAUAAUAUAUACUGUUUGUUUUUCAAUUUCUGUGGAAUUUACAUAAUUUUGAAUCUGGAGCCAAAGUAUAACAUUUUUAUAUACAAAAAUGCUGAUAAUCUCUGUAAUAGGUUGUGAUUUUGGCUUUGACCAGAAAGAGGAAGCUGUGUUCAUUUAACUGCUGAGUGCUUUCGUAUACAGAGACAUACUAAUUUCUUCCACUGUUAAGUUUCAUUACCUUACUGUAAUCAAAUCAGAAUUGUUCCUGUUUUAAUUCUUUAAAUUUGUUGCUUUUAAUCAUGCAUUUUUUAAAUUUUUUUAUUUUUCAUUAAUUGGUUACAAGAUGUGUUGUCUCUCAACUGUUCUACAGAGCAUCAAUCUGGAAUAAAAAAAUGGUGCUAAGAA